AUGGAGGGGGCCCUUCCCGGCGCAUACAACGGUGGUAGUCUCGUCGACCUCCGGUUCGACGAAACGUGCACCACGAGCCCGACCCUCAUUGAUAACCUGCGUAAUGGACAUUUGAGAACCUUGGAGCAGAGGCGCGGCUCCCUGCGGAAAAUCAGGUUCGACGUUUGCGACAACGUCGACUUCGGGCCGGGCGACCGCUCUUCGUUGACCGAUUUUGCUCGCCUCGAGGUUCUCCAAGUUAACGGGCAUGCUCUUGGCGCGUUCCGGCAAGCUUGGCGCAGCCAAAAUCCCCACGCCAAGAUAGAUAGCUUUCUUUCCACGAUGCUCCCGCCCUCCGCCUCGAAACUCGUACUGUGGAGUCCCGACGCUCUGGACCUGGGACCUGCAGUGCUGAGGCUUGCCCGCGUCGUCGAAAUCGGGCGGUACCCGGCUCUCAAGAGCAUCAGCAUCUUACCCUCCGAGGGCUCCUCCCGAGAUUCCGAAAACUGGAUCCAUUAUUCGACCUGGGCCCAAAUCGGGGCCAAUGUGAGCGAUAGUCUGGCCACAAUUGGCGUGCAAUUUUCGGUGAAGUCGCAGAACGGGUACUGGGGGCAUGAAGUUGAAGAUGUGUAG